GAGAAGGAAAAAAAUUUCGUUCGUCACAAAUAAAUCCAUUAAAAAUGGUUCGUCGUUUGUAAUUAACCGAAAAACGUCUCGUUACUCCCGUAUUUCCAGAAAAAUAUCAAAAUGUGGCUUUAAACUCUCCGAAGUAUCCCGUAAAAUUACAUAAUUUUUGUGCAAAAAAUGUCUAGUCAAGUCAAAGAGACAUCGUCAUCCGUGAAAGUUUUGUGUCGUUUUCGGCCCUUGAACGCGAGUGAGUUGCGGAAUCAGAGCAAGGCUUGUGUUAGCUUUUACGGCAAUGAGGAGAAUUCCGUUUCAAUACAGGGAAAAUUGUACGUUUUCGACAGAGUAUUUCCGCCGAACACGACACAAACGCAAGUCUACGAUGUCGCAGCAAAAUCCAUCGUCACCGAUGUCCUCAACGGCUACAACGGCACAAUUUUCGCCUACGGCCAAACGUCAUCCGGCAAAACGCACACCAUGGAAGGCGUGAUCCGCGACGACGAGCUGCAAGGCAUCAUCCCGCGCAUCGUGCACGACAUCUUCAACCACAUCUACGAAGUGAACGGCAACGCCGAGUUCAUCAUCAAGGUCUCGUACUACGAGAUCUACAUGGAAAAGGUGCGCGACUUGCUGGACAUCACGAAGAUGAAUUUGUGCGUGAAGGAGGACAAAAACCGGGUGCCUUACGUGAAGGGAGCUACGGAGCGUUUCGUCACGAGUCCCGAGGAGGUUUUCGAGGUGAUCGAAGAGGGAAAAAGUAAUCGGCACAUUGCCGUCACGAACAUGAACGAACAUUCGUCGCGAUCGCAUUCCGUUUUUUUGAUCAAUGUGCAGCAAGAAAGCUUGGAGGAUCACCGAAAAUUAUCUGGGAAAUUGUAUCUCGUGGAUUUAGCGGGAUCGGAAAAGGUUUCAAAGACCGGCGCUGAGGGACAUGUCUUGGAUGAAGCGAAAAACAUCAACAAAUCGCUGUCGGCACUGGGAAAUGUCAUUUCCGCACUCGCCGACGGACACAAAUCGCACAUUCCGUAUCGCGAUUCCAAGUUGACGCGAAUUUUGCAAGAAUCUCUCGGCGGAAAUGCAAAAACGACAAUUAUUAUUUGUUGUUCGCCGGCGGAAUUUAACGAAGCGGAGACCCGAACGACGCUGGAUUUCGGCAAACGGGCGAAAACGAUCCAUAAUGUGGUGACAAUAAACGAAGAUCUCACGGCGGACGAGUGGAAAUCGAAAUACGAGCGAGAAAAGGAAAAAGUCGCCAAGCUGCGAGGCAAAUUGGAGCAACUGGAGGACGAAUUGUCGCAUUGGCGUCAAGGUCAAACGAUUUCCGCGCACGAAUUCAGCUAUUUGGACGAAUCGACGUUCAGCAGUAACUCCCUGACGGAGAGUGGGCGUGGCAUUUCCAUCUCCGAAGACGAUCGAAUGAGCGAUUUUCGCGGUAGUUUCAGUGCGGGACAGCUGGAUGCCCUUCGCACGCAGAUCGAAGAGCAAGACCAGCUAAUCGAACAGGCGAAAAAGGACCAAAAUCAGCUGGAAACGGAAAUUACGCGCAUCCAAAAGGAGAACGAACACUACAAAAAGGAAAUUUCCACGGUAAUUGGCAACUUGGAGGAACUCGCGGAACGCUACGAGCAAAAAAUGUCGGAAAUUGACACGAAAAAUCGCGAAAUCACGAUGCUCACGAAGGAUUUGGAGAGCCACAAAGUCGGAAAUGCGUCAAAAUUACAAGCUUUAUCCCACGAAACGUUGCGGAAUCUCCUCUCGGACAUCACGGAAGUCGCUCAUUCGUUGUCUCUCGAGUCACCGUUGCACUUCAAAUCCCGCUCGAGCCCCCUCCGAUUGGAUCACGAGUUCGCCAAGUCGCAAUAUUUCAUCAAACAAAUGAAAAAUCAGGCAAAAAUUCUGCUGCAACGAUGCAAUACGCUCGAAAAUCAGUUUGAAAAGUCAAAUAAUGCGAUCGAAGAACGUGACACGGAACUCCGGGACGCCCGAACGCUCAUCCACAAGUACGAGAAACGACUGAUGACGAUGCAAAUUAUGCUGGAGAAGCGCGGAUACAAGGGCGGCGCGCCAUUUCCUCGCCCAAUUGGGCAAAUGGAACGACGACUAUCGAUGGUUAAGCGCUACCACUCGUUCGACGUCAAUCCGGAGCAGUUGUCGGAAGAUGCUUUGCUCUUUUCGAGUCUCUCGAGUGACUGCAGCAGCAUUCAUGAGUACUCGCCGGAACGAAAGGUGCCCGAAAAAGCGCGGGAAAUUCAGCUGGAGGAGAAAAAAGACGGAUUUUGGCAAAAAAUGUGGCAUCAGUUUCAUCUCCCCUUCACAAUACCGCCUCUGGAGUUUCAUCUUUUGCUGUCUCUCGCUAUGGUUCUUGUUACUCAUCAAUGUCCGCAAUAUCUGAUCGUCUGCUAAAACAAAAAAAAUAAUUUUGACACAAAAAAGCAAAUGCUUCACCCAACACUGCUUUAGUUCAUAAAAAAAAUUGCAAUACAAAAAAAAAAUGUAUUUUUAACCCUUUAGACCUAAAUUAAGACCAAUGAAGAAAAGAAAAAAAAUAUUUUUGCAUCAACAGGGCAUUAAAAAUGACCGAAGAACGAUUUUUGUGAUAAUCAGUUCAGAUUUUUGCUUCCUUUUUAGUCAAUUUUUUUACGUAGAUUUUUUAUUUUUUAAAUUUUUAGCGAAUCUAAUCAAGGUAAA